AUGGUCGAAGAUGUAAAAGCCCAAGCUAGGGUCGGAUUUGAGACACUCAAGGGUGGGGUUGGAUUCGGAUUUGAGGCACUUAAGGAUUGGAUGGCGAAUUCAAGAAACACAAGUGACAUUACAGGAAGAAAUUCUCAGCCAACAUCACUCCGGGAGAUGACACCAGGCUCUUUGCAACAAAUAAUGUCAAAUACUACUCCAAGAAUAAGCCUGGCACAAAUUGUUGCAGGUCUUACAGGUGCUGGUUUGCUCACCAUUUCUCUUGUAGUGAUUCUUAUUUUCAGGGUCAGACGGUGGAGUAAGUCUAAAAGAACUGAGGAGGAUGUGGAAGUUCCCGGAAUGCCUGUUAGGUUUUCAUACGAAGAUCUACGCGUUGCAACCGAUGAUUUCAAGGAAAGACUUGGAAGAGGAGGCUUCGGGUCCGUGUUCAAAGGAGUUCUCGAAGAUGGAACAAUAAUUGCCGUGAAGCAUUUGGAUAAACAAGGCCAAGGAAAGAAGGCAGUUUUAGAAGAAGUUGAGACAAUCGGAAACCUGCACCAUUCUAACCUGGUGAGGUUGAUAGGAUUUUGCGCAGAGAAAUUAUACAAGCUUUUAGUGUAUGAGUACAUGAGUAAUGGAUCGUUAGAAAAUUGGAUUUUUCAGAAUGACAAAAGACCUGGCCUUGAUUGGCAGACACGAAAGAAGAUUAUACUUGACAUUGCGAAAGGGCUAGCUUAUCUUCACGAAGAAUGUCGUCAGACCAUAAUUCACUUCGAUAUAAAGCCGCAGAACAUUCUGUUGGAUCCAAAUUUCAAUGCCAAAGUAUCUGAUUUUGGGUUAUCUAAAGUCAUCGAUGGAGAAACGGGCCAUUUUCAAAUCUCGAUGAGAGGAACCCCUGGAUAUAUUGCUCCAGAAUGGUGUAAAUUACCACCAGGUUCUCGAAUCACCCCAAAAGUUGAUGUCUACAGCUUCGGAAUUGUUCUGCUAGAAGUAGUUUGUGCACGCAAAAACAUAGAGCCCUCGCUGCCCGAAUCUGACUUCCACUUACUUAGAAUGUUACAGAAUAAAGCUGAAGAAGAUAGACUAAUAGACAUUGUGGAAAAUGUAGAUGAAUGCAUGCAGAGUGAUAGAGAGGAAAUACUGAGGAUGAUAAAGGUUGCUGCUUGGUGUUUGCAAGAUGACCCAGAAAGAAGGCCUCUCAUGUCCACUGUGGUGAAGGUAUUUGAGGGUGUGAAGGAGAUAGAUACAAACUUUCUUGUUGUUCUUCCCCUGGAGAUAGUUUUUGCACGCAGAAAUGAAGAUGACUCGCAACCAGAAACAGCCAUUCAUUUGCUUAUAAUGUUGCAGAAGAAAGGUGAACAAGAUAGACUAGCAGACAUCGUAGAAACUUUAGAUAAUCAAGAAAACAUGCAAAGUGAUAUAAGGAAAUAA